AUACAGUAUGCAAUAAUCACAAGUUGGUCACAGGUGCUAUACACAAUGCAGUUAUUAAUGAUUUGGACAAUGCCAAUAUAAAGUUAGAAUUAGAAACACUUGAUAUUAGUGGCAAUGAUCUAAAUGAUGUUGAUGGAACAUUACUGGGAAAAUUAUUUAAAAUAGCUCCUAAAUUAAAAUGUCUAGAAGUAAGGGAGUGUAGGCUAUCAGGUUGUACUUUGGGGGCAAUGAUCACAGAAUGCCAGAACAAUGAAGAUACAGUAUGCAAUAAUCACAAGUUGGUCACAGGUGCUAUACACAAUGCAGUUAUUAAUAAUUUGGACAAUGCCAAUAUAAAGUUAAAAUUAGAAACACUUGAUAUUAGUGGCAAUGAUCUAAAUGAUAUUGAUGGAACAUUACUGGGAAAAUUAUUUAAAAUAGCUCCUAAAUUAAAAUAUCUAAAUUUAAGAAAGUGUAGGCUAUCAGGUGGUACUUUGAGGGCAAUGAUCAGAGAAUGCCAGAACAGUGAAGAUACAGUAGACCAUGUUUUGAAACACUACAGGCUUGUACUAAAGGGCAAUGGCCUUUCAGAUAUUGAUGGUACAUCACUUGCUGAUUUAGUCAGGGUAAAUUGUCAUUAUGAAUUUGGUGAUUAUUUUUAUGAUGAUGAUGAUGAUGAUACAAUUUUCAUUCUGAGUGAUUAUUCUCUUACUUUUGAUAACAUAGAAAAGCUUGUUGAAUCAGUAGGUGAAAAUAUAACAUUGGAUUGGGAAAGUAUAGAUCUGAGUAGGAUUAACCUGUCUUCAGUAAGUGGAAUAACAUUAGCUCGCCUAUUUAAGAUCUGCCCAGUGCUGAACCAUAUUGACAUGAGUUACUGCAGUUUAUCAGGCAGCAUUGUUAAUGAAAUGAUGGAAGAAUGUUGUAGGAUGAAUGUAGUAUUCAACGACAUCAUACUUAGUCUAUGGGGCAAUGACCUUUCAGAUAUUGAUGGUAAAUCACUUGCAGAGUUAGUCAGGGUAAUUUGUCUGUGUGAUAAUGAAACUUUCAGUUGGAGUGAUUAUUCUCUUACAGCUGGUAACCUAGAAAUGCUGGUUGAAUCUGUAGGUGAAAAUAUAACAUUGAAUUGGGAUAGUAUAGAUUUGAGUGGGAUUAACCUGUCUUCAAGUGGUAAAACAUUAGCUCGUCUGUUUAAGAUUUGCCCAGUGCUGAAGCAUAUUUACAUGAGUUACUGCAGUUUAUCAGGCAGCAUUGUUAAUGAAAUGAUGGAAGAAUGUUGUAGGAUGAAUGUAGUAUUGGAAGACAACAUGCUUAUUCUAAAGGGCAAUGACCUUUCAGAUAUUGAUGGUAAAUCACUUGCAGAGUUAGUCAGGGUAAUUUGUCCGUAUUAUAAAACUCUCAGUUGGAGUGAUUAUUCUCUUACAGCUGGUAACCUAGAAAUGCUGGUUGAAUCUGUAGGUGAAAAUAUAACAUUGAAUUGGAAUAGUAUAAAUUUGAGUGGGAUUAACCUGUCUUCAAGUGGUAAAAUAUUAGCUCGUCUGUUUAAGAUCUCUCCAAACCUGAUCCAUAUUGACAUGAGUAACUGCAGUUUAUCAGGCAGGAUUGUUAAUGAAAUGAUGGAAGAAUGUUGUAGGAUGAAUGUAGUAUUGAAAGACAAUAUGCUUAGUCUAGAGGGCAAUGACCUUUCAGAUAUUGAUGGUAAGUCACUUGCAGAGUUAGUUAGGGUAGUUAAAAAGUCUCGUAAAUUUUUAAAGUUAAGCAGAAUUGGUCAGGUUAUUAAUGAUGUAUUUGAAAUUGUCAGAUGGAGUGACUAUUCUCUUACAGCUGAUAACCUAGAAAAACUAGUAGAAUCAGUAGGUGAAAAUAUAACAUUGAAUUGGCAAGUGAUGAAAUUGAGUAAGAUUAACCUAUCUUCAAUCAGUGGAAAAACAUUAGCCUGCCUUAUUAAGAUCUCUCCAAACCUGAUCCAUAUUGACAUGAGUUACUGCAGUUUAUCAGGCAGGAUUGUUAAUGAAAUGUUUGUGGAAUGUAGUAUUAUGAAUGCAGUGUUGGAUGUUGAAAUGCUCAAUCUGCAGGGCAACAACCUUUCAGAUAUUGAUGGUAAAUUAUUUGCAGAAAUAAUUAUAGUAUUGCAUAAUCCUGUCGUACCUUUCAGGUGGAGAGAUUAUUUUCUUACAGCUGAUAACCUAGAAAAUCUAGUCAAAUCAGUAGGUGAAGAAAAUAUAACUCUGAAUUGGCAAUUGAUAGAUUUGAGUAAUAUUAACCUAUCUUCAAUCAGUGGAAGAACAUUAGCUUGCCUUGUUAAGAUUUCUCCAGACCUGAUCCAUAUUGACAUGAGUUACUGCAGUUUAACACAUAGGAUUGUUGAUGAAAUGAUGGAAGAAUGCUGUGGGAUGAAUGUAGUAUUGAAAAACAACAUGCUUAGUCUGUGGGGUAAUGACAUUUCAGAUAUUGUAAAUCACUUGUAGCAAAUUUGUUAUGACCAUGUGAAUUGUGUAAAACCAAGCAUACUCCACUGUAUGUAUGUUUAGAUAAAAAUAAUUAAUCACAUGCUUUUAUAUUAUAUACAACAAAUAAGAUAACAAUGCAACUACAAAAUAAUAUACAAAGAAUACAUUCAGUUUUGUGUGAUUAAUAUUUGUUUAUUUACCGUAGUAUCCUUUAAAAUUGAGGCAAUUGACAAAGUAUUGGUGCUGGACCCCUAUUACUCCUGUAUGUACACUAAUGUUAAUAUAUGUGUUGGUAUGUGUGUGUGUGUAUAUUAUAUAUUUUUUGUUGAAGUUUUCAAAAAAAUGGCGAACCUCAAACAACGCAAUCUUUUUUUUUUUUUUUCUUUUUUUUUUGUUUGGCCUUAAAAAUGUCAUUAUGUG